AUGUCACGAUUUGUAACAGAAGGUAGUCUCAGCAAGGAGCAGCUCGAUGCUAUAGAGGAAAAGGAAAACGAAGAAGCCCAAAAGUACAAGGAUGAGGAAGCAGAAAAAGAGAGAAAAACCCUAUAUGAGCAGCUAAAGGCCAAUAGAGCUCGAUUAGAACAAGAAAGGGAGAAAGUUUAUAGAAAGAAAUAUUUAGCACAUCAUGUUAACGAUGAUGCCAAAACAUUUUAUGAAGGAUUGAAAAAUGAGGAGAUCCAAAGAGAGCAGAAGUUGAAAAACGAAUUGGAUAAAGGAAUGGAAGAGUUUUAUGAGUUUCAAAAAGAUAAAACUGUUCGAAAGCAGAAAGUGCCAGUAUCAGUAGCAAAGGAUGGCAAGAAUAUUAAAAUUGUUAAACAGAGUACAAAGAUAAAAAAGAAAAAGGCGAAAGUUAUUAUAUGA